CUUUUCGCCCUCGCCGAUCAGAAGUUCGAGGAUGUUCGCUUGACCAGGGAAGCCUUCGCUCCACUGAAAGAGUCCAUGCCAUUCGGACAGAUGCCAGUGCUCGAAGUUGAUGGUAAAAAACUGGCCCAGUCAUUGGCCAUCAACCGCUACUUGGCAAAGACCUUUGGUAAGAGAGUGAUUGAGAAGAGAAUGGUCCGUGAUCCCGGAUCAAUUUCAAUUUGGUAG